AGUGACGUAAUGACGUUGACGUUAGGCUGAUAUUUAUUUUAUUGUUAUCAGGUGUCCAGGAUAAACUAUCAAUAUGGGCAAAGGAUUUAAUAAUUACAUGUGUAAAAAGUUCUUCCACCCAGCCUCCAGGGAUAAUUUAAAAAGGGUAUGGAUGGCAGAACAGAAAGCAGAAGCUUACAAAAAGAAACAAGAAGAACUUCGUCAGCAGUAUGAAAAAGAACAGGAUUUACAUGACAACAAAGCUAUGCUCAGCAAGGAAAGUAAAGACAAAUUAAGCAUUAGUUUCAUGUAUGAACCUCCUCCUGGGGCAAGAAAGGAAAGGGAGAGAGAGGAUAAUGAGCCUGAAUACAAAUUUGAAUGGCAAAGAAAGUAUAAUGCUCCUAGGGAGAGUUAUUGUAAGGGAGAUCAAGAAAUUCGAGAUCAGCCUUUUGGAAUUCAAGUGAGGAAUGUCAGAUGUAUUAAAUGCCACAAGUGGGGCCAUAUUAAUACAGAUAAAGAAUGUCCAAUGUACAGUCUCUCGAUGAGUGCAGCCAGAUCUUUAGAAAAUGCCACAGUAAUGGAUCAAAAAUCUCUGGUGCAACAGAUGUUGGAUGAUGGAUUGGCUUUAAAAAAACAACACGUUAAUACUGUUGAAGCUAACAAGCAUCUUUUAGUUAGUGAAGAUGAAGACGCCAAUGAAGAAACCACAUUUUUGAAGUCUCUUACCAAGAAGCAGAAAAAAGCUUUAUUGAGAAAGUUAGAAAAACUAGAAAAGCAGCCCGAAAAGAAAAAUAAACCCAAAUGUGACAGUAGUGAUGAAUCAUCAGAUGAUGAAAGACAAAGAAAGGGAAAGUCGUCAAAAAAGGUGAAGUCACACGCCAGUAGGAAUCGGGAUUCUGAUACUGACAGUGAUAGAAGAAAACAAAAAAACAGAGAUGAUCGAGACAGGAAGCGAAACAGGAGUAAAGAAAGGAGGAGAAGCAGGAGCGGAGAUCGAAAAAGAAGAUCUGAUAGUGAGGAGCGAUAUAAUUCCAAACGAAGGCGUUAAUUAUGUAAUUUAGACAUUUAGUCAAAAUGUGUUUAUGUAAAUAAAUGUUUAU